AUGGGUUCCGUUUCGUUAGAAGAUGAGAAGGCAGAGGCGCCAGCGCCAGCGCCAGUGUCCGCCGCCUUGGACUUCCUGGGGGCAGUGGACAACAAGAAGCUGGUGCCUGCGGUGUCCGCCUUUCGUCGGCUCCUGAAGAAGUCUUCCCGAGUAGCACGCCAGAAGCCGCCGAAAGAAGCCGAUCCCAGCGAGGAUGGCGGAAGCUGCCGACCUGUGUAG